UGUCGCGAGCCGAACGUUUUCUUCUCAUCGUAGGACGGAUGUCCAGGGAACGCAGCCUCACGUCGAGCGCGAAAGCUCGAAUGGAUCACGGGAGCGGCGUCGGCGUCGGCGUCAGCGUCAGCGUCGGCGCCGAUAAUCGAGGCGCCGUCAACCUUUGUGCAGGCGCAACGUUGAUGAAAAGUGUCUCGAUCUUCUUGAUGAGCGGCCGUAAAGCCUCCGUCAACAGCAACAGGCAAACUUCCGGCAGCCCGAAGCACGAGCCUCGAAGAAAACAUCGCAGAAGGAUGCCAGUCGCGGGAAUUACGAGAAGCUCGGCGUACACGGCCAAAUUGAUCGAAUCGUUAAAGAGGAAAACCAGAUUCUGCUGGUCGGAAUUGGACAAUUUGUGCAAGCUGUACAAAAAAUUGACUACUUCUGGACAGCAACAGGUUGGACAAUCUGGUAUUAUCGGGAGGAGGACUCAGUCAAAUCAAACUAUAGAGGGUAUCGACAGGGUGAUUUUCCGCGAGUUGCUGCACAACACGUUCAAGGUAAUCACCGAAGACGUGUUGGUGGAACGUAUGUUCUGUUGCUGGGAUCGAGAAAACGAAGGAAUCAUCAGGCUAGAACCAUGGAUCAUGGGACUGGAUCUGUAUCUUCGUGGUAGUCUACGGGAAAAAAUUGAAUUUUGUUUCAAAGUCUAUGAUUUGAACAACGAUGGCUUCAUUACGAAAGAUGAGAUAUUCCAAUUAUUCAAGAAUUGUUUAAUCAAACAGCCAGGAGAAGAGGAUCCAGAUGAGGCGGUGAAAGAUUUAUCUGAACUAGCGUUAAAGAAGCUGGACGUGGAUCGAGACGGGAAAAUCUCUUUUCAGGAUUACAAGGUAGCUGUGACGGAGGAACCUUUGCUGUUGGAAGCUUUUGGGCAAUGUCUGUCCACGGAUGAGAACUGUGCCGCUAUUCUAGCUUCGCUACGAUCAUAAGAUAAUGCGUUGAUCAGAAAGAACGUUUUGAUUUUGGAUACACGUUACUGGUAGCUUUACUGGAAAAAUAAUAGAACCACGUUAAUUGUAGCGAAGAGUAAAAUACACCGAAAGAAUUCGUAAUCAUGGCACCUGCCGUUUAUUAAAAACAAAUUCGAUAGUAAUCGUAAUUAUAAACAAUAAUAAUAUUAAUAAUAAUAUAAUAUAAUAAUAUAAUAUAAUAAUAUAAUAUAAUAAUAAUAUAAUAUAAUAUAAUAUAAUAAUAAUAGCAUAAUUACAAAAUACGAUCGAUCUGGUUUUCUUAUAGCGUGUUUGCUGAAUCAGUCUUAACCCUCGGAUUACCAAGCAUCGAAAUCACUCUUCGAUCUUUUCCCAUUUUUCGUAUCUUGAUUUUCUUUUCUUUUUUUUCUCUUUUGUGAUUCUCACUGAUCUCACCGUUUGGAAAAUAUCGACUGAACGCGCUCGAUCAUCGAUCGAUAAUCCGAAGGCUAAUUUAAACUAUGAAACGUUCUAGAGGUAUGUUACAGUGAUGUAAGGGGUUUCUUCUUUAUUUUUUAAUCGAAAAAAUUGACUUCUCUGCACGCGCAACAAAAUAUCGGCUCUCGUCGUCGCGGUACUUCCGGUUUCAGGGACCCGUGCCGCGACCUCAAGGUUCCAUCUUUCUUUAUUUUCACGGAUAUACUCGUGUAUCUUUGUGUAUAUAUACUUUUUUCUUCAUUUAUUUUAUAUAUAUACUCUGUUAUAUAUAUAUUCUGUAAUAAUUAAUAUACACGCACGCGCUCGCGCGUUCACAGGUUGCAUCGUGAAUCGAUUGCGGCUUCUUUGUACGAUAUAAUCACUGGAACAGGGGUUGAACGAUUCAAUUGUACCGAAGGCAAUCGGAUUUUUAACGAAUAAUUAUAUAAUUAUACUUUAUAGAAAGAGAAAGAGAGAGAGAGAGAGAAAGAGGAAGAAGGAUGAGGAAGGGUAAUUUUUAUUCGCAAGCUCGAAAACAGAAAGUAGAGAAAUUCCUUGAAUUUAGCUUUACAGGCAUUUGUACAUUGAUCCUUUGUGCUCUAGAGUUUGUAUAUUUCCAUCAUAGAAUUUCUAUUCCACGAGGGAAUGCAAAGUUUAUAUAAAUUUAUUCGAAAAAUCCGAUUUCUGCCUAAAAUGUAAUAUAUUUUGAACAUAUGAAUCUUACGUAUUAUAGUCGUGAAUCCCGAUUUCCGAUGUACCCUGUGAACACCGGUGUUCAUAAACGCGCUCCACGGAAACGAGCGGGACUUUUAUGCGCGAAUAAAAAAUAAACGAUCCACGUUCGUUUCGUUAGAGUGCUGAGAUCUGCUGAGGGUGAGUCGAACGACAUUCGUCCACUGUGACGUGAAACUAGCAGUCAGAUAAAAUACUAUUUCGUCUUUUACGUACAUAUAUAUAACAUAUAUAUUCAUACAUACACAUAUGAAUAUGUAUAUAUAUAUAUAUAUAUAGUCAACAUAUUUAUGUAUUAUACGUAUAUUAAUUCAUCAAAGUGGGAAUGACGAUUAUUUUUCUACUUGUUCUUUCUUCAUCGUCACUAUGGUUCUGCAUUAUAAUCCUUGUUUAAACGUUUCCUAUCGUGUAACUCUUUUUUUUUUUUCAACACUGAUGUUUCGCAAAUAUGCUCAUUUUUAUACGUUUUUUCCCAUUUUUUUUCCUUUUUAUUUUGACUGUUUUUCUACAUUCUUCUUCACUACUGGUAGCGUUUACUAUUAUUUAUUAAAGCGUUUAAAAACUUCGAGAUUCUACGACGAAGAGAAAGUGUGUGUGUGUGUGUGUGUGUGUGUGCGCGUGUGUGUAUGUGUAUGUGUAUGUUGCAGCACUCUUGAAACGGUAUGUAUGUUAGCCCUUUGAAAGUUAUAUGUCUCGUGGUGGCAUCCAGCCGUCAAAAUAGUAUCUUACCCACUUCUAGAAACUAGACAACGAAGGUUCGAGGAGGAUAGACGCGUUUUAUUCCGGUUUCUUUCUUUCCUUUCCAUUUUUUUUUUUCUUUCUUUUUAGGCACUUAAACGUCGGGAGUAGUGUGGGAACCUUAAGGUGGAGGUCCAUCGAACGCCUGCUAUUUGCUAUUUACAGUCUUGAUUGAGACGCGUGUUACAUCUUCCAGGAGGAAUUGUGUUGCCGACGAACGGCACGUCGCGUAUCGUACGUAUGAAAAAUUUUGUCAUUCGUUGAAGAUCGAAUGAAGAAAAACUUGUAAAUUUUUACAGUGAAAUGGUACGUAUUCGUGUGAAUCGUUAUAAUUUGUAAAUAUAAGAAAUUAUGCAACGAGGAAUUUUUUUUUAAAUCUGUCAUAGUCAGCUUUGGGGUUCAAUGGUACAAUUAAACUUCUAUUUGUAUGCUUCCGUGACAUAUUGUUAGGGAAUUCUUUUGCGGACGAUACCGGGAGUGCCAUUCGUCUCGAUGGAAAAGUAACUGCCUGUACGAUAUCUAGCUAAAAAAAUAAGCACGGAAAAAAACAAAAAAAUAAAACAGACGUACCAAUAACUCAACGACAUUUACAAAUAAUGUAAAAUUUGUUCUGCGUAUGCCCGACGAUUGAGGCCGGACACAUGUAGAAUUAUUCGUGUCACAUUUGCACGCAGACACAUCACAUUUACACAGACACACACGUACGCACGCACGCACCUACGCAUACGAUAUCGUGCACUAUAUCAAAAUACACUUACGUCACCUACAGAGUAAUCGAUUCUUUAUAUAUAUAUAUAUUAUAUACAUAUAAUAAUAUAUGAUAUAUAUAUAUAUUAUAUAUAUAUUAUGUAUAAAAAUCAAAGCGCAUAUUACAACGGUGAUCCGCGACCGCGCGAUAAUUAUCAAUUAAUAGCAAUUAUUUUAUAAACAAGAAUCAGUAUCCGACGAUAAUAAACCAUAAUAAUAGUAAGAAUAAUAUUAAUAAAACAAAAAAUUUAUAGUAAUCAUUAGUACAAUAUAUGUAUACAUAAAAAUGGCAUUAUACUUUUUUUUUUUAUUCUUCUUCUUCUUCGUUUAUCAUAUUCCCUGCUCUUCGUUAUCUUUAUUCAUCGAUUUAGUCGAUCCUUACGCUUGAUACACACGCAUAUAUGUUAGGUAAAUAGUUAGAUCGUUGGACGCAACUUUAGCAUUUUGCAAUGUGCGCUCUUAAUUGUUCGUAAAAUAUUGGUAAAACGCAUAAGAACAAUACAUUCGUCAUAAACGACCGAGGAGAUCUCAAUUUCUCUCUUCGUCUGCUCUCAAAUUUUGCUAAAAACAUAGAAAUCAGCCUUCAUAGUGAGAUUCGAAAAUUCGUCACAACGACAAUACUUUGGAAAAGUAAUUUAAUUAAAACGAUAGACUCACGAUUUUCAUUCAGAGCAUGUAAUUUUAAAAUUUCGCUUAAUAGCUCGUUUAUUAAACGAUUCAAAUCACGGCAUAUAUUUUAUUAUAUAAAAUUAUUAUAUAAAAUUGAAGUAUUUUAGAUAAAAUAAAAAACAAAUUUCCUUGCAGACUGAUAAAGUUGCUCCAACCGAAGGAUUCGUUAAACAUCCAGUAUAUAUUCCGUCGAGACGUGCGAGUACACGCGAGCACGUCGCAAAUUAAAGACUAGCAAUUAUGGUUCUCUUACAGAACUACGCCGUAAUUAGAUAAAAUCGUGAUGUCCGCUUACGCAGCUGAUUAUCCUACAAGUAUAUUAAUGAUAAAUUCUUUUCUUUACUAAAAUAUAAUUAUUAUAGUAUUCUGUGUUCCGCCAGUGAUCGUUUCUUUUUUCCUGUCUAUUUUUUUAAAUAAUAUCUAAUCGACGAAACUGUGGGAAUUCGCACGACGAUGACGCUACAUCAAAAGAUGUGGCUAGUGAAUAUUAAAUGCUAAGAGAAUGUAAGUGAUUGAUAUAUAUAUA